UAGCACCAGUGACAAUGAAAGGUCUCCUUCUUCCUCCGUUCUUCUCUGUCACCAGCUGUGGAAGCAUUAAGAUUCAUCUUCGCCCCCUGUUUUACAUCGUGGAAUGCUCACCAUUGCGGGUCAUUGUAAGCUCAUCCGAUCACCAUUCGUCUCCAUCAACAGCUGUGGGUUCUUCAAUUUUGGGCUGUGGCAGUCAUUCUUUGCUGCAGAAGGUGUGAUGCUGAGCUGGUGUGGCUGUGGAGGUCGCAUCAAACUCUUUCCUCCCUUAUUUCACCGUCGACUCUCCCUCUCCAUUUCUUUCGUUCAUCUGCGCAUGUGUUCAAGGAAGCAGGAGCUAUUCAUUUCCCUCUGUUCUUUGUUCAUCCUCCCUUGUUUCUCACUGCAAACAUCUUCGUUCCUCUCUCGCUCAUGCUGUUGCAGAUUCUUCUUCCUUCUUCCUCCUUAUUCGUUCGCUUAGGAUCAUCUCCUUCUCUA